AGCAAGCCGGGCAGUGGAAGCAGCUGCAGCCGGGUGCAAAGGGAAAGCAGCCGGUUUGUUCAUGUUACUAUGGCAGUGACUGCAGGGACUCCAGCAUCCUUCCCCAUGAGCAACCACAGCCGGGAGAGGGUGACCGUGGCCAAGCUGACACUGGAGAACUUCUAUAGUAACCUAAUUCUACAACAUGAGGAGAGAGAAACCAGGCAGAAGAAACUGGAGGUAGCUAUGGAAGAAGAAGGCUUGGCCGAUGAAGAGCUGUUUUCUCCACAUUUCCCUGAUCCAUAUUCCCAGAAAAAGCUGCGAAGGUCUCAGCAUGCCCGCAAAGAAACUGAAUUCCUGCGGCUGAAGAGAACUAGGCUAGGCCUAGAUGACUUUGAAUCUUUGAAAGUUAUUGGAAGAGGUGCAUUUGGAGAGGUGCGUCUCGUUCAGAAGAAAGAUACGGGUCAUAUCUAUGCAAUGAAGAUACUAAGAAAAGCUGAUAUGCUGGAGAAAGAGCAAGUGGCUCAUAUACGAGCAGAAAGAGAUAUCCUCGUUGAAGCAGAUGGUGCCUGGGUGGUGAAGAUGUUUUAUAGUUUUCAGGACAAACGUAACCUUUACCUGAUAAUGGAGUUUCUGCCUGGAGGAGAUAUGAUGACUUUGCUUAUGAAAAAGGAUACCUUAUCAGAGGAAGAAACACAGUUUUACAUCUCUGAAACUGUACUGGCCAUUGAUGCCAUUCAUCAGCUAGGCUUCAUUCACAGAGAUAUUAAGCCAGAUAACCUACUGUUGGAUGCAAAGGGUCAUGUAAAACUGUCUGAUUUUGGACUAUGCACAGGUUUAAAGAAAGCUCACAGAACUGAAUUCUACAGAAACCUUACCCAUAAUCCGCCCAGUGAUUUCUCAUUUCAGAAUAUGAACUCAAAGAGAAAAGCAGAAACAUGGAAAAAGAAUAGGAGACAGCUGGCAUAUUCUACUGUUGGGACCCCAGAUUAUAUUGCUCCAGAAGUUUUCAUGCAGACAGGGUACAACAAGUUAUGUGACUGGUGGUCUUUGGGAGUAAUUAUGUAUGAAAUGCUAAUAGGGUAUCCCCCAUUCUGCUCUGAAACGCCACAAGAAACGUAUAGGAAAGUUAUGAAUUGGAAAGAAACUCUAAUAUUUCCACCUGAGGUGCCCAUUUCAGAAAAAGCCAAGGACUUAAUUUUAAAAUUCUGUAUUGAUGCAGAAAACAGAGUUGGUAGCAAUGGAGUGGAGGAAAUUAAGAUACAUCAAUUUUUUGAAGGUGUUGACUGGGGACAUAUCAGAGAGAGGCCAGCUGCAAUCCCUAUAGAAAUUAAAAGCAUUGAUGAUACUUCCAAUUUUGAUGAAUUCCCAGAAUCUGAUAUUUUACAGCCAGUGCCAAACACCACUGAACCUGACUACAAGUCCAAAGAUUGGGUUUUCCUCAAUUAUACCUACAAGAGAUUUGAAGGGCUCACUCAACGUGGCUCCAUCCCUUCCUACAUGAAAUCAGGGAAGUUGUAAAACACAGCAAGGGGGAUAAAAAUCCCUCCCAAAUAAGAACUCAGGUAGCUGCUGCAUCCUCAAGAUCUGCUUGGCCUAGAUCGAUAACACUGAAAUGUCCACACAGAUUGACUGACGCACAUAGACUUUGUGGAGACAUUAGGAAAUCCUACUGGAUUAGGAUUUCUAAGAGUACUAUGAUAAUUAGUUGGCAGUGCCAGCAGACUUCUCUCCCCCCCCCUUUUAAUAGUAAAUAUUUUUGUUAACUUUAUUAUAACAAAAGUACUGGAAUGAAAGGAUCUUUGUAUCUGCACUGCCUGUGAGUAUAUAAAGAUUAAUUGUGCCUAUGUUUGCACUGUGGCUUUGUUGGUACUGUAAUAUGUCUAACUGGCCCAGAGGUUGAAAUCAUAUUGCACAUGUAAGAAGCAUCACUGGCAGUUACCCGGUGAAGUUGCCUAUCAUGUGUGCUUAAUUGUUGUCCUGGGUGUGGAUUUAGAUAUGCAGUAUAGAAACCACCAGCCACUUUUUGCGAUGUUAUAGAAAAGAAUCUGCCCAACAGAUGAAGUGUAGUGACAUGCAAAGUUAUCCUGGAAUAAUUGUUUUGAGAAAAAACAAUACUGGUUCAAAUAAGUUGUUUGAAAGGUUUAUUUUUUGUGUGCUUCAUGGCUUAUACUUGAGGGCAGAGCACAUGGUUCCUAAUAAAGAUACAAAAGAGGAGUUGUACUUCAGGGAGGCAAAUGUUAUUCUGGUUGGCGUGCAAAGGGUAGCUGAAAGACAGUACCUUUAGCAUAAUAAACUUCUGUCGAGUGAGUUGUAAUUCUUU